AUGAGCCGGCGUUCGGACGUAGAACACGGAAGCCUUCACUGUGCUUACUGUGUUAACCGCGAAUAUGUUCUUCAGGCAGAUGGUUCAGUCACUCCGGUUCAGUUGCUCAAUGUUCAAAAUCUAGUUCUGGAUGAGCAGAAGGCAGGCCAGAUCCUGACCUUAGCCCAGGCUCUUCGAGAGCAAGAAAACCCAUCUAAAACUGCAGCCCCUCCCAGAACUAUGCUAGUGCCAGCCAACGCUUCCCUGCCUGGCUCCACCUCUGCGAUGCUCCGCCUACAGUUCUGCUCCGCCCAAGCAAUCGCUGAUGGUUCAGCUUCAGCUACUCUCCGCAAAGCUAAACUCCUCUCCCCUCUCUUACCUGCUGGUCCUAUCCGGCUGGACAAUGUAACCACUUUUAACCUCCUCCCUUCCUCUGGUCAGGUGAACACAUUAAAUAAGGAAAAUGAGGAGAUUUUAAUUAUCCAUCCUUAUGAGUGUUCUGAGUGUAAUCUGCUGUUUAGCACACCAGAGGAUUUCCUUCAACACCAAGGGGAGCACUUCUUAGGCCAGGACAAAGAGAGUGGGGACACUGGGGUGAUGGUGGGAUAUGAAGAUAUUUCUGGGGCUAAGGAAGAUGAAGGAAGAAGUGAUGGAUCUGAAGAGGGCAGCAAAGUUGGCAAAGUUAUUGCUGGGAGGCGUACAUACACUGCCCGCUCGGCUGGUUUGGGUUUGACGCCGUCAGCCAGCAAUCUUCGGUGUGAGGAGUGCAAAAGAACAUUCACCUCUGCCAAUCGGCUUGUGGCACACCUUCGAGUGCAUGAACAAGGAACACAUGAGUGCCCAGAGUGUGAUAAAGUGUUUAAGAAGUUGGUGUCCCUUCAGACUCACAUGCGCACACACUCUGGUGAGGCACGCUUUCUGUGUGUGGACUGUGGACAUGGUUUUACCACAGAAAUUACUCUUAUGAUACACAGGAAAUCCCAUACAUCUGAGCCACUGCACAAAUGCCCAUUUUGUGCCAAAACCUUCACCAACAUGACCAAGUUCUUGUACCAUCGUCGCACUCACAGAGUACAUGAGCCGACCGCAACAGUCUCUCAGUUUGUACUGGCCCAGCAGUCACCUCUCUCUAUCAUUCAAAGAGCAAGAGAACGAGAGGCUGCUUGGAGGAAAGAAAGACAAGCGGUGACUAUUCCUCCUGUGGAAGAUGACAGAAAAGAGUCCAGUGGCACAGAAAAUGGGCUUCAUGCUGAACCCUCAAACACAGAGCAAACCCAAAAUGGAGGGAAAAUACAGGCAGACGACCCUAACCAUUCAACUGCUGCCAAUGUGGGAGGAGGAGGAGAGGAAGAAAGUAAACUUGGGACUCUUGCUGCUGAGGAAGAGCCAAAGUUCCCUUGCUCUAUUUGUAAAAAAAGAUUCUCCUCACAGGUUCAUCUGUUGCGUCAUCGCCGAACGACUCAUACGACCGAAAGGCGCUUUAAAUGCAACAUCUGCGGGAAACCGUUCAAGAAGCAGAUCCAUCUGCGAAACCACCUGCGCACACACACGGGCGAGCGUCCGUUCCAGUGCAGCGUGUGUGGAAAGACCUUUUCCUCUCUUGCAAAUCUUUCCCGCCAUGGACUUACACACACGGGAGUCCAUCCGUACCGGUGUGACAUAUGCCACAAAGCCUUCAGCCAAUCGUCAAAUCUACGCCAACACCGUCAGCAUCUUCACAGCAACACAACGCCCUCACCCUGUCCAGACUGCUCUGCUACUUUUAUCCGUCCUGCUAAAUUUGUAGCUCAUCGUUUUCUUCACCACCCAGGGUCGCCGGCACCUUACCCCUGUCCUCAUUGUUCCGAGGGGUUCUUGCGCAAGCGUCAGCGAGACCUACAUUGCCUGGAAGAGCAUCCCAACCUGACACAGCCACAUGGCAUCUCCCAGGACUCCCAGGUUAGCAGUCAACAGGGCGCGACGGAUAAUACAGAGCAGCUAAGCACUCCUUCGAUGGCGAGACCUAAUCUGGAUUGCACUAUUUGUGGCAAGAGGUUAAACUCUCCUGCAAAUCUCCGCCUGCACCAGCUAAGUCACGGACUUGGGCCCGGCCGGCCACGAGGCUCCAGCUCUGCCACUGGGAAGUCUCAUCCCUGUCCGGUCUGUGGAAAACUUUUUGGUUCAGCCUCAAGCGUUACACUACAUCAGAGAGUACACACCGGUGAGCGUCCGUAUCCUUGUGCGAUCUGCGGAAAACGGUUUCGCCAGAACACACACCUGCGGGAGCACCUUCGCACGCAUUCGGGCGAGCGUCCGUUCCGGUGCGAGUUCUGCGAUAAGGGCUUUGUGCAGAGCAUGCAUCUGGCAGAACACCGGCGUACACACACGGGCGAGCGGCCGCAUGCUUGCGGUGAAUGUGGAAAGACCUUCAAGACGGUUUCGAACCUUAGGAACCAUCGUAAGACCCACACUCGCACCCAAAAGCAACAAGAGCCAGAACACAACGCAGAAGCAGUGACUGCAGAAUGUAACACAGCAACUUUUGCUGUUGUGGAAGCUUCUGAGAUGGACCUGGCAGCCACGGUACCAGCCUUCUGCCAGCAAGAGGUGCAGCUUGGACAGCCCCAAGUCAUUCAAAUACAGACAUCCAACCUGACACAGACUCAUGGAACUCCCACUAUCAUGUGUAACGAGCUUGGAGAGACUAUAGCCAUCAUUGAGACGAGCGGAGACCUGGCAGAGGCCAUCGAGCUGUACCACACGGCAUUGGAGAGUGGCAUCAGCAUGGAGGCCAUCACUGUGGACAGCCUGCAGUUAAUGUGAGAGAAGUGAAGAACAGGGCAGCAUUCCUGUGGCCAUCGUCUUGGAGAUUUGAAGAUUGCGAUUAAAAGAAGAGCAUAAGUGAUGUCAGAUGGGUCAGAACAAGUGAAAGCAGAGAUUGAGAGAAAGUGUUCCAAAUUCAAGACGUUCUAUUCAUUUCCAUUAAAGUCAUUGAAUGUGUGAACACGCGCACCUCAAAUAGCCGCUUUCAGAUAUUUUUCAACCUUAUUUUCAAUUUUUAAAAGACAUUUUUUAAAAUUUCAGUUAAUCUUAAGAGGGCUGAUUUUAGAGGAUGCAUCUGACUGCUCAGAUCUGUGAUUAGAUGGCUCCUGUUUUGGGACUAGAAAUGGACAGUCUGUUUUACUGAUGACACUCUUGUUCUGGCAUUUGGACAGAGCCAGAUGUAGGGUAUAAAGGCACAGAUUUCUAAAUGAAAGAAUUUCACGCAUGGACCGUAAUGAUUUCCGGUUAACAUUCUAACCUGCAGUUGUUGCAAGGAGGUAGUUUAAGGGCAUUGACCUGACGAACAAAACAACAGGGAAGAGAGAGUUCAAAACAAGUAAUGGACAGACAUUAUGCACCAUCACCGCAAUGGACACAAGAUUCCCAUGUGUUACAUCUCCCGGUCUGUACACUGACUGUUUGUAGCAUUUUUAAUGUUAUGAUGCUGAUUUGGAGAAGUGUUGCAAAUAAACAGUUUCUCUGUUUCCCUUGUAAUUGCUUUGAGGAAAUAACAGCAAUAACGACAUCACCUUAAAGG